ACAACAUGUCAGCAUUUUUCUCAAACAUUUUGUUCCCUUUGGGUUUUGGACUUUGAAUCAAUGCCUGUCUGUCAACAAUCAAGUCUGAGUUACUGAGUAAUUUCACAGGCUUGCUAAAUGAUGUGGCUGAUCUUAAUAUGAUUAAGAAUAUGAAGAAUCAAGUGUUACCAUGGAAAUAGGCUAACAAGUACUACAAUGAUAGGAUACAGUUGAACGAAACAGUCUCCUUCAACAAUGUCGGCUUCCGGUGGCAAAGAAACUGGCGCUGAAGCCACAAGUCAGGUACCACCAAACCAAGAAGAACUGGUGAAUAAGGAGCGACUGCGUAAAUGCUAUGAAUUUGUUAGAGAUAACAUUGAACCAAAAGAUUUGAUAGACUACAUGUUUCAAACAGGAGCAUUGACAGUUGAUGACAUGGAUGAGAUUGAAAAUACACAACCACCAACUCGCUUAACGCGGGCUAAAGUUCUUCUUCGUAUGGUUCUUAAGGGUAAACAAGGAAUAUCCAUGUACGAUGUGCUGUUUGAAGUACUUGAAAAGGAUUACUUGCAUGUAAGAGAAAAAUUGGCAGCAACAUAUGUGAAUGAAAGGCUUGUAAAUUGGAACUGGAAUGUGCACCUUAAUGCCAUAAGAACUAUGAUCUCAUGGUGUUUUGCCUAUGAUAAGAUCAACUAUGCCACAAACUUUGCUCUGAAUUUCCCAGAGACAAAUCCCAGCAAGAAUGAAACUUGGAAGAUGAGCCUCUUCUCAGUGCAGAUGUCUAAUAACAACCAUUUUGGGUGGAUCCCUGUGAACCAGACCAUUAAGAUACUCAGACUUCUGGAGACACAGCUUCAAAAUGGUGACAAUGGUACAGAUGAAGGAGAUGAUGAAGAGGAAUUGACACUACAGGUUUCUAAACGAAAAGAGAAAAAACUUGUAUCAAAUUUUGGUAGUAAGGCUUUACAUAAAAUUGAUGAACAGUCUAUUGCAGAUGAUGAAUUUGUUGAAAAGCUUUUAGAGCAAGAGGAAGGCAAUGAUAUGCUAUUUUACCCUGAUGAUAAAGAAUAUAAACGUAAUUGUCGCAAGUUUGUGAAGGAUGUAGUUAGCAUGUGGAACACUCCUAAUAGAACAAAUAGUUUUAUUGUUCUUGGACUGGAAAGUAGUACACAAAUGCCACAUAGGGUGAUAGGUCUGACUGUGUCAAGUGAUAAUGAUUAUUAUCAGUCGUUGAUUUUAUUAGAAUAUUUCACAAGCAGACCACGUUAUCAUUACACACAGUAUGUCUACAACAAACAGCUUGUGGGGGUUAUUACUGUACCCAGUAGUUCUGGAACCGGGUCUCCAUCUGUUGUCCAAGCCGAAGCCUGUGAACCUGAUUUGAUUAAAGGACAAUUGUGGGCUCGGCGUAACACAGAAAAUAUGGUGAUACCACAACAAGAUAAUUUGACAGUAGAAAUAUAUGCAUGGUUUAGCCCAAACAGAACAACAACUGCAAGUACUGAAGUUAGCGAUUACACAACAAAAACUCGACCAAAGACAGGACCAUCGUCACACCCCAGUGAAGACAUACCCAAAAACAUGACAAGGUUCAUUUCAGAAGUAGACAACUUCAGGAAAGGACAUUUUGUCCUGGUCUCGGGAAAAAUCCCCAAAAUGUCAAGACAACUAGAAAAGUUGGCUCUGGUUCCUUGGAUAGCGGUUUAUGACUUUGACAAAUACAGUAGAGACAGUGGUUUGCUUUCAAGUCUUGAGGAUGUCUUGAAAAAGAACCGAUAUUUAGAGGUUUGUACAUGGAGGACAGCAACAAUCAAUCUCUCCGAGAAAGCCACUCAGUGGUGCUUUCUCAGAGGACAAAGGGAAAUUGCAGAGAGUGAUACACAAGAUAAUGCAGCAGAGUGGAUAAGGCAAAUAAAACCUGAUUUGGAUAUGUUACUCCGUAAUCUAAAAGAAUUUGUUGAAUAUUCCACUAUUCUCAAAGUUGUAAUAUUUUGGCCAACUGAUAAAACAAAUUUACAAUGUAUAAUCAAGUUUUUGGACCGUCUUAAUGAUAAAUUAGAGACACCACCAAAGCUGAUAAUUGUCCUUUUUGAAGAGCCAGAUGUGAAGUCAAAGGUACAGUUGGAGGUAUUGCUUGAAGAUUUUAAGGAUGCAGUUAAACUCUAUAUGAUCCAGGAUGAGUUGUGCUAUGCUGUGGCAAGCAUGCUUGAAAAUAGGCAAAUUAAAAGACCAGUUAAAUACACAUUGCCAAUUGAGGAGAACCACAAAGAUUUUUUCAUUGGUGACACUGAUGCUGUGUGGUUGCGUGUGAAUUUAGAUGUGCUCUAUCUAUCCAACCCAUAUAACGAAAGUGCCACAGAUAUAGAAAUCCUGAAUAAAGAGGCUGAUAGUUUCUUUCAUGGGGAGACAAUCAGUUGGUUUGUCUGGUAUGCAUUUGGUCCUGGACAUUUAGAAGUUAAAAGAGACAUUAUGAAGAAUAUUGUAGAUCAUAUUAACCAAAAAUGCCAGAAAGAGUACAGAAGUUCCAUUGUUACUCUUUUUCAUGCUCCUGGUGGUGGGGGAACUACACUGGCUCAGCGGAUUUUGUGGGAUCUUCAUGAGAAGCUUCCUUGUGCUGAAGUGAAGAAAACAGCAACAAUUGAAGGACUUGCAGAAAAAAUAACUUUCCUGUAUAACAAAACACACCUCCCAGUACUUGUUCUCGUAGAUGGUGAGGAUGAAUCAAAAGUCAAACAGCUGGUCAUGAUUUUGAAAUCUGUCUUUGCCAUAUUUUUAUAUGUCAAAAGAUAUCCUUAUGACAUCAAAGAACCAACUUGCUCCCAAAAGCAAAAUAAGUUUUACUUGAUGGGAAAUGUAUCAGGAAAUGAAGCCAAUAGGCUUGCACAGAGGUUUGGAGGUCAGUGCCGGGACAAUAUUGAAAAAAAGAAAAAGUGUCUUGAAGCAAUGAGCAGAGAGGUGUGCAUGGAAGGCAAAUCACAUUAUGUUUUUGAAUUUGGAAUGACUGCAUAUGAUGCAGAAUUCAAAGGCAUAGCUUCAUAUGUCCGGGGGUACUUGAAUCUCGAAAAGAAUCCAACAAGCAACCUUUUUCCAUGGCAGAAAGCACUCCAGUAUUUGUCUCUAGUGUAUUACUAUGGACAGUUGCCUAUGCCACUUCAGUUUUUUGCCUCAUUGUUAGACUUGCCAUCAAACUGUGUUGUGGAUAUAGAAGAUUUUGGUUAUCCUUUUGGUUUGUUUGUGGUUGAAGAUUCAAGUUAUGGCAGAACCAGUUAUGUCAGGAUUUGUCACUACCUUAUUGCAAAGGAAAUACUUGAAUAUACACUGAACCAAUCCAGCACCUGUCAUCAAGCAGACGGUCUUAGCAAAGCUGCCAAGAGAGGCUUAAAAGACUUGUGCCUUGAGUUUAUUGAUUAUGCUAGCCACAAACAAUCAAAGUCAUCAUCAACAGUUGAAACCAUCAGGCACAUUCUAACUCAAACCUUUAUCUUUAGAGAUAAUAAAGACGUGGGUGAAAAUGAAACACAGAGCAGAAAAACAUCUUUUUCACAGAUAGUAAUUGAUGUUGAUUCUGAGGUGCCAUAUACUAGUCGGCUGGAAGUAAUGAAGCAGUUAACAAAUUCAUUUCCUACAGAUCCAAACUUCCUUGCUCACCUUGGCCGUUUCUAUGCCCAUUGCAGACCAGAUGAAGAUGAGAAAGCUGAAGCAUGCUUCAAGCAUUCCUUGGAACUUUGUGAGCAAGAAACCCGUGGAAACAAUAUGAAACACAUUGGUGAUAGCAUGAUUUCAACUCUUAUGCACAUUUAUCAUAUGUAUGGAAUGAUAUAUCUUAGAAAGGUAAGCCGAGUAACCAAGCUUGGAAGAGAAAUACCUGAAGAGCAAUUAUUGAACACAGCUGAAAAGAUGACAUUAGAUGCUGAAAAUGCAUGUGAGUACUUCAGACUCAGUAGACAACAAAAACCACAGAGGUAUGAUGGAACAUUCAAUUAUGGUUACACUAGUGAAAUUUCUGUUCGUCUUUUUGUCUGUGACUUUGUUCAAAAAAAUUGGGGUGGAAUUUCAAACUUCCUGUCUAAACAUUCUGAUCAUCUUUCAGCCAGGUUUAUUCAAGAUACACUUUGUGCUGUUGAAGAUCUAAUAAUUGAAUGCUACAGUGUUGUGGAUCUUGAAAACAUCAAUACUGAAUUGAAGAAGGCAUUGUUAUGGUACCACUCUGUUUUCAAGAAUGAUACCACAAAACUGGAAAAAAUGUUUGAAUAUGAUGAUACUUCAUCUAGAAGACUGAAAAUUGCUACUUUGAAACUGAAAUAUUAUUCAAAAUGUGCUAGUGGCAACAGUGUGUUUGAGAAAAACAUAAUUUCAUUUAAUGAUGUAAAGGAACUGAUUGACAUGUAUGAAGUAAACUUCAAAGAUUCACUAAGAUCUGGUGUACCCAACAAAAGGCAGCUUGAUGGAGACUACAAAGAGUGGCUGUUUGCCAUUCGAAAUGUUAAGUUCCAAAAGAACUAUUCUGUUGAGAAGGUCCUGCAGCAUGUGCGUAUCUGGGAUGAUAUGGUGAAGAGCCCAUCCUCCAAGUUUUAUCUUUUCAUCUGCAAAAGUCUUAUUGGUUUUGGAACAAAAUCUAAAAAAGGCAACAGUGAAUCAUUAGUGGAAGCUCAAAUCCUGAAAGAUGAUCUGCAAAAAUUUGUCAGAUCAGUUUGGAGACCUCGUUACCCUCGUGAGUGGCUUGGAAAAAAUGACAAUGGAAUAAAGUGUUUAACUUCAAACAACAGAAUUUCGUAUCUUGAAAAUCACCGUCUUAAACCUGACUCGUAUGAACUGUUGGCAGUGUCCAAGGGUACAAUAUGCAAACCAAACACAAGCAGGCUAGGUGGUUUUAUUUAUCUUGAUCUUGGAAACAAUUCAAUCCCAGUCAAGGUAUUUUUUAUACCUCUUAGAGCAGAGCUUGUGGGUCAGCAAUAUUCAGAUGAAAGAGUGCAGUUUUAUUUGGCAUUUUCUUUUGAUCACGGGUAUGAAGCUUUUGAGGUGUCACUUCUGAAAAAAUACCCAUGCUCAAAAUGUGGACUGAAGUCUGAGAUUCCAAGAAAUAAGGUUUGGGUCUUGUGCCGCUGUGGAAAUCAUGUAGAGCGAACAGAGUUGGACACCAGUGAAGAGAGUGUCAUAUUUUGAUUUGAACAUAACUCUCAGUGAAUCAUGAAUCCAAUGUCAACAAUGUAACAAAAACACUACUACCUUUAAAUGCACAUAUUUUAUGUCAGUUGAACAAACAUGCACUUACUUAAGCAAUUUCUGUGAUAAUUUUAAUUAAAGUUUUUUUAAUCUUGUAACCCCACCAUUCUUCUUAAUAUACUCAUCAAGUUUCACUUGUAUGAAUGCUCCUCAGCACAAAGACAAAUAGGCUGUUAUGUUUCAAACUAAGGUAUACAAAUAAAUAACUGAUCAUAUACAUUAACAUAAACAUGUGGUCUAUAGAAGCUGUGAUAAACCAACAAAAUAUCACACUAAUGCAUGCUAAAUACUUUAAACUGACAGUCAGGUCCUCAAAAUGGUACACAGAGCUGUAGUUUUAAAACAAAAUGCAACCCCCACCCCCAUGCUGUCAGUUUAUUUUGCUGUGUUUAAAUUACAUAUCUUGGAAGAGUGUGUGUGUGUGUGUGUGUGUGUGUGUGUGUGUGUGUGUGUGUGUGUAAAUAACAGAACAAAUGAACAACCAAAACAAUGUAUCAGAGGUCUAAUUUCAUAAAAUAUAUCAGUAAACAUUAUAACCUUAAUUUGCAGAUAUUGUAGAAAGAGAAAGUAUGCUGUAUUCACCACUUCCAUGUAAAUCAUGUAAACCCUGCACAUUAGUGAAAGAUAUCUGCACAUAUUUUUGUUUUUCAUGUUUAUAGACAUUGAAAAGAAAAUUAGUUAUUGGUAGACAUUUACAAGUAGUGAUUGUAACACAAAUAUGUACACACAAACCUCUAUAUCAACCACCAUUGUGAGUAUUAGACAAAGGUCUCUUUAGGCAGGUGUUUGACUAUUAGAGGUAUGUGCUUGAGAAGUGGGAUGUAUGUGUUAUUCAGUUUAUUGGAAUACUAAUAUUAGCUCCAUGUGGUUAUAUUGCAAAUAGUUUGAUCCAUUUUUACAUUUUGUUGUAAAUUUACUAUUUGAUUGUUUUGUACUGUACAUUGUUUUGAUUAUACUGUUGACUUUUGUAUUACUUGAUUUGUUUGUACUGUUUGAUUGUUUGUACUAUUUGAUGGUUUUGUUUUAUUUCAUGCUUUUGUAUUUUGAGUGCCUUUUUUGUCUAGACUUAAAAUUGCAUGACAGUGUAUACUGCAUGUAGCUUUGUUUUCCUAAUUUACUGUUAAGAUUCAAACCCCGUUUUACGAUUGCAGUUUAGUACAACUAACAAUGUAGAUACAAAAUAAAAUGACUCAGUUGUCAUCGAAGGGACAGUUGAAGGAACAAGGAUAUUAGGAGUGCUGUAUGAACUUAUAAAUAUUUUCUAAAUGUUUAGUCUUGGAUAGAGAACCCAACAAACUGUGCCGUUCUUCAUUGAAGUGUUACAGUAUUCAGUACAUAUACCGGUAAGUGUGAUGGUUUAUUAACACAGAAUGCAGAUGUUUGUUGGGAAUGAAAGGAAGAAAACUGUUGACAUGAUGCACUUUCAAGAAUAUUCUGUUGUUUGAUAUAUGAUGGUACAGAAAUGUUUAUACAUUGUAUUACGUGUACAGUUUCUAAAUGGUUUCAUUUCAUGAGAGAACCUGACAAACAGUACAGUUCUCAAACUAGUGUCAUAAGAAUUCAAGUGUGAUAAUUUAUUAACAAAAUUAACAUAAAAGAAAAACCUAAUAGACAUGAUGUAUUUUUCAAUUUCACUGAACCAUAUAAAUAUUCUGUUUCAUAAAUAAUAUCAUAGUACAACACUGAGUGUAUAUGUAAGCACGUGUAUAGUAUUUAUGGCACCAUUUAUUUUGAACCACAAUUAUGAAGAAUGUGUGUACAUUUUGUACAUUUACAUGCAUAGAUAUUGAAACAAAAAGUUACUGUUAGUUUCAUUUCACAUAUUUUUUGUACAGUUGUUGGCAAAACCUGUUGGAUUAUGUUGUCAUGUACAAGUUUUGAUUUCCAAAAUAUGUUAUGAAAAACCUGUAUAUAAUGCCACCACCAUUGUGAGCAUUAGACUAUGAUGUCUUCAGGCAGGUGUUUGAUCAAUAGAGGUGUCUGCUUGAUCAUUUUGUAAUUGUCUUUAGUUACCUGUUUGUGUGUUUCAUUUUUUUAACCCUUCAUAUUGGAAUAUUAAACUACUUACAAGUUAUGACAACAAUGUUUGGUGCAUGUUAGAAUAAAAUUGUUUUAUUAGGCAUAAACAUUUGCAACAUUAUUCGUCUGCGAGCUCCCCUUCCAGACAAACACACGUUCCACUGUUCCUGCCACUGGAAUGGGUAUCAGGAAGUCCUCUUUGUUCAUGGCCUUCUGAUCAUAAGUGUCAGUAUAUUAUGUAGAUUAUGUUUAUAUAUCAUAGUACUUUGACCAUUUUAACUGAAGGUCUGUUUUCUUCUCAUUUGUUCAAUUUAUAGAAAUGACUUUUCUGUCAUAGGAACAUGUCCUGUAGUAGUUAAUGUUCUUUUGUGAGGUCAAAAUUCUUACACCUUUAUAUUGGUUAAUAAGAAUGUUUCUUAUACAUUUUAUUGUACAUGUAUAUAUAUAUAUAUAUAUAUAUAUAAAACAUAUAUGCCUGUAUAUUUUACUAUUGAUAAUGUGA